AUGUAUUCAAUAGUAUCAGUGCAACACCCUCAUCAUCAUCAGUAUCGAGGGAUUAAGAAUCCGAUUUCAAAGACAUCCAAUCAUCAUCUAGCCAAAAAACGGUCGUCGACAGUUUCAGUUUCGAGAAUAAACUCGUCCUCCGAAACUUCAUCGUCGUCGUCGUCAACUUCCGACGAUGGAAAAAAAGACGACGAAGAAAAAGUUCGAUUCAUGUUACAAGAAUACGGACAUCCGUGGAUAGAGAACGAAGAGUCCGCGGUGCGGUUGCUCGAUUAUUUACGAACGAAUGAGAAGAGAGAGUUCAACUUGGAAAAAGCGAGAGUGGUGAUUACGCAAAUCAGGGAGACGCACGAGAAAGGAUUAGCAACUGAAGAUGCGAAGCUGGCAAAUCCGUUUAAACUACCAAAGACUUUUCCCGGGUUCUUGGGGAUUUUAGAACGUAGCAGCGAUAAGAUUUAA